AUGAAGAUUUAUCUUCAAGCAGCCAGGGGGAAAAAACUCAGACUUCUGUUCUGCCCAGAGUGCCACAGAAGGCAACCUGGCUAUGCCCUUUGCUCAGCAUCUUAUUUCCAGCAGGCAGCAACCAAAGCCUACUUCCAUGUUGCAGAUUUCAUCCCAGCAAGUCUGAUCGAGAAGAUGACUGCUCACGGGGUCCAGGUCCCAGUCUCAGCGAUGCACCGCCACAGCCCCCUGCUGGGGCGGCACUGCUCGCCCUCCCCACGCCUGCUCCGCUGCCGCCUCCGCUACCCCACCCCGGAGCGCGGGAGCCAGCUGUUCGGAGCGGCGGGCGGGAUGGCGGGCGGGCGGCUCUCCUGCUGUGCAGCGGCGAUGGUUGCGGCCGCGGGGAAGAAAGCGCAGCGGCGGCUGCGGGAGGGAGCGGCGCGGUCGCGGUGGUGGUACCUGCAGCCGCGGAAGUCGUGGGUGGGCAGAUAUGAAGUGAAAAACAGCAGCAGAAUUGCAACUUUAUGAUUUCAGUGGAGAAAAAUUGGGAAGAUGUCAACUUAUCAAAAGAAGUUCGCCAUCACAAGUAGCAUCACUGGGGAAAAGCACAUGUUUGUCACUGAUUCAGCCAAGACCUGUAAAUAUUUGCUGGGCCUCUGUGCCCAGCAUGGCUUUAAUGCUCAGAUGAAUGUGUUGACCACUCCCUCUUUUGUGCAGACUCCAUCCUUUCACCUGCUUUCUCUGCCCCUUAUAUUUGUGGACCUGUCUGCCUCUGACUGUGGUGGGUGUGAGCAAGUGGCCAAUUCGAGUCUUGCACACCUGGCCCAGCCUGAGCCUGUCACUUGGAUUCAGAGAUUGUCACGCUCAGAAAGAGUGCUGGUUGCAUCCAGGCAGGAGGACGCUGUAGGAGGCCUGCUGGGCACGUCACUGGACAGCUUCUCCAUGGCCACUGGUGUUGGUGGAAAUACCCCAAGACAGGAGAAGAAUAGCACAGCCAAUUCUGGGGUCUUCUCUCCAGACAGCCUGAGCCCUGGGCACCAGAGCAGUUUUUCAUCACACACACAAAACCAGAAGAGAAAUAUUGAAGAGCUAGAAAUGCCUGGAACUCAGAGCUUACUGUCCAGGUGGAGGCCUCAGCCAUGUGCUCUCCCAUUAAAGGGUGCCAGUUCUUGUCCUCCAUCACUUUCAGAAACCAUUGCCAGUGGAAUCUACUUUGUGGAACUGGUUAAAGAAGUUGGGAUACUUGGAUUCAGUAUAACUAUAAGAGGUGGCAUUAACACCGGCGUGCUGCAUGGAGGGAUCUAGGUGAAAUCCAUGGUUCCUGGAGGGCCAGCUGCCAAGGAAGGGCCGGUCCUGCGGGGUGACAGGCUCCUGCAGAUAGAUGAGAGUCUGAGUGGCCUCACCCACAAGCAGGCCAUGCAGUGCCUCAAGGGCAGGCUCUGGGCCAGCCUAUUGGUGGUGAUGACAGAUGGCAAGCCUGGUCUCAGAGAGAAGAGGCCCAGGACUGCACAGCAGUGUCCUUCCGUUAAUAGCAGGACGGGAGUUGAAUGCACGGCCGUUUCCUUGGCAACGGCCUUGCCUGGCAGGCCUGCAAGCUGUGUCUCGGCGACAGAUGCUCACAAUAUAUUUCCAUUGGACGAUACUGAUCUACAGCAUGGUGUGAGGGAGACUGCCGGUGGUGUGGGAUUCCGCUUGGUGCAGAGAGAGAGCUGCAGCCGCCUCAAGAAUGAUCUUGUGGGGAUUAAGCGGCUCUUCUCAGGGCAGCCGGCUGAGGAGAGCGGCCAUGCAGCUGGUGGCAUUAUCCUGGCUGCAAACGGAAGCCAUGGAUGGCUCCUCUUCCAGGCGGUGCUCCAUUUACUGAGAGGGGUCUCCGAAGUCAAGCUCCUGCUUUCCACCCCUCCGGGGGUCUUGCCUGAGAUGGACCAGGGCUGGCAGGCAAGAUGUGGUGCUCCUGCCCUCUCCAUAGGCCUCAUCAUUGCAGACAAAGAAUUUACCCGGGCAUCAUGCAUUGUUGGGAGCCGCAGCCUGGAUCAAGAGGACAGCAGAGGAGGGGGCGGGCAGUGCCUCCCCGGACACAGGGGAGGCCUGGGUCCCAGGCCCGAGUCUUUCCAACAGGCCACCAGCGAGGCACAAUGGGACCCAGAUGGAGAGCGACCCUGCCGCGCUGGGCUUCCCAGCCUCAUUCGGGCGGACGCAGCAGGAAGUCGGGGCUGCGGCGCUGGCUAGGCUCUGGAGGAAGAUGUGAGGCAAAGCUGCAGUUCGGUUAGUGAUAUCAGAAGACUUGCAAGAUUUUCCUACUCGUCAUCUCUAACCAGACCUUCGACAGAUACUUUCUGA